UUGUAAAUACAAUGUAAAUGCUAGGUAACUAGUUAUUGGCCAGCAGUAAACUCAAGUUUUGUGUUUUAGAACUUUCCGGAUUUUUUUUUUUUUAAUCUGCAGUUGGUCGAAUCUGCAGAUGCGGAACCUGUAGAUACAGAUGACCGAUAUAUCUUGAUGAGGAGACUGAGGUUCAGAGAGGCUAAGUAACUUGCCUAAGAUCACACAGCUAGUUUGGGGGAGGCAGGUAGGGAGACUUUAGGACUUGAAUCCACCAGGUCCUUAUGGCUCUGGUGUCUUUUCUUAACCCGAGCCACAGCUGCCUCUGAGCUGGGGUCAGGGUUCUUGAACAGUCUGGUCUGUUCUGAGGUGGAAGUCAGGAAGAGGAAAAGGAUGCACCCUGAGGUUCUCCUCUCCUGAGUCUUUCAACACCUGUGAGGAAGGUGGGCACCCUGUUUCCCAGGAAGGUGGCAGAGAGGCAUUGAGAUUUGCUAGUCUCGUAGCCAGCAAGAAGCAGAGAGCUUGGCCCUCGACACCUAGCCCUGCACGCACUGCCUCUGAAUCAAGAUGGGAGAAGGGAUAUGAAACCCAUUUGGACCCAGGCCUGGGAGAGAGGCAGGGAAGCUGAAGUGAUGAGUGGGAACUGGGAAGGCCUGCCCACCAUGCCCUUCACCUCUUCCAGGAGGACAGCUCCCACGCUGGGAGCAAGUUCACUCUGCCAGGCUUUGGUCUAAGCACUUUUACAUUCGACAGUUGGGAGUUUUUCAGACAAGGCGCAGACGGGCUAACUGUCCAAGGUCACUCAAGUGACCUAGGGGAUUUGAACUCAGGCAGCGUGGCCAAGGCUGAGACCCCGGGAGAGGUGGUGAAUAGCCCAGGGCCACAUGGCCACAGCCCCAGAGCUAGAAACUGCCGGCUCCCUUCCAGCCCAGGAAAAACAAUGACACCUGACUCCUAGCAAAUUGGGGGUGGAGCAGAGGUGGAGCUAGGGAGACCCAGGUGGCUUCUUGGAGAACCAGAGCACAGAGCAGAGUGGCCUGAAGCAGCAUGAAGCCAAGCUGGAGACUGAGACUGCUCAUCCUGGGAGCCGUGGUCCUCAUAGAGGGUCUUCAAGCGGCUCAGCAUGCGUGCGGGCAGCGUGGCCCUGGCCCCCUCGAGCCUCAGGAGGGCAACAUGGUGCCUGGCGAGUGGCCGUGGCAGGCCAGCGUGAGGAGGCAGGGGGUCCACGUCUGCAGCGGGUCCCUGGUGGCAGACACCUGGGUCCUCACUGCGGCCCACUGCUUUGAAAAGGAGGCAGUCACGGAACUGAACUCCUGGUCGGUUGUCCUGGGUUCUCUGCAGCAUGAGGGGCUGAGCGCAGGGGCUGAGGAGGUGGGGGUGACGGCUCUGCAGCUGCCCAGGGCCUACAACCACUACAGCCAGGGCUCAGACCUGGCCCUGCUGCGGCUCGCCCAUCCCAUGGCUCACACACCCGUCUGCUUGCCCCAACCUGCCCACCGCUUCUCCUUUGGGACCUCCUGCUGGGCCACUGGCUGGGAUCAGGACACCAGUGAUGCUCCCAGGACCCUGCGGAAUCUGCGCCUGCGUCUAAUCAGCCGCCCCACGUGUAACUGUCUCUACAACCGCCUGCACCAGCGGCCACUGGCCAGCCCGGCCCGGCCUGGGAUGCUGUGUGGGGGUGCCCAGCCCGGCGUGCAGGGGCCCUGUCAGGGAGAUUCAGGGGGCCCCGUGCUGUGCCGCGAACCUGACGGACACUGGGUUCAAGCUGGGAUCGUCAGUUUUGCAUCAGGCUGUGCCCGGGAAGACAGUCCUGCGCUGCUGACCAACGUGGCUGCUCACAGCUCCUGGCUGCAGGCUCGAGCUCAGGGGGCAGCCUUCCUAGUCCAGGACCCAGACACCCCAGAGAUCAGCGAUGAGGACAGCUGUGUAGCCUGUGGAUCCUUGAGGGGAGAAGGCCCCCAGGCAGGAGCCCCCUCCCCAUGGCCCUGGGAGGCCAGGCUGAAGCACAAAGGAAAGCUGGUCUGUGGUGGAGCCCUGGUGUCCGAGGAGGCAGUGCUGACUGCUGCCCACUGCUUCAUUGGGCGCCAGACCCCCGAGGAAUGGACUGUAGGCCUAGGGACCGGACCCGAGGAGCAGGGCCUGAAGCAAGUCAUCCUGCACGGGGUGUAUACCCACCCGGAGGGGGGCAAUGACUUGGCCCUCCUGCUGCUGGCCCAGCACGUAACACUGGGCCCCAGCCUGAGGCCCCUCUGCCUGCCCUAUGCAGACCACCGCCUGCCUGAUGGGGAACGAGGCUGGGUCCUAGGGCUGGCCCGCCAAGGAGCAGGCACCGGCUCCCCUCAGACAGUGCCUGUGACCCUUCUGGGGCCCAGGGCCUGUAGCCGCCUGCAUGGAGCCUCUGGGAGCAACAGCACCCCCAUUCUGCCAGAGAUGGUGUGUACCAGUGUUGUGGGUGAGCCGCCUGGCUGUGAGGGCCUGUCGGGGACCCCACUGGUGCACGAGGUGAGGGGCACGUGGUUCCUGGCUGGGCUGCACAGCUUCGGAGAUGCGUGCCAGGGCCCAGCAAGCCCCGCCGUCUUUGCGGCGCUCCCCGCCUAUGAGAACUGGGUCAGCAGUUUGGACUGGCAGGUCUACUUCGCUAAGGAGCCAGAACCCGAGGUGCCAGAGCCCAAGGCCGAGCCUGAAAGCUGCCCGGCUAACAUGAGCCAUCCAGCCAGCUGUUGACAGGUGGCUUUGGGACACUGGAGUCACAGUGAGGCAACUCCUGCGUCAGCACCCCUGCCCCCCUCCCAUCUCCCCGCACCCUCUCCCGCACUGGGGCAGGCCCGACUGCACCGGGGGCUCUGGGAAGGAACCUGCCCCGACCAGCAGCUGCCCCCGCUCCCCGCGGCAGGACCGGCAGACACUGCCUGUGGAUGCCCCCCCACGUCCAGCUCUGUGGCCCAAUGCUGGUGUCCCCGGCUUUCCUUGUUCUUCAUCCCCAGAUACAAUCACACCAGCCAUGUACCUUGAAAAUUUCUUUUUUGCGGAGGAGCAAUUUUCCUGUUUUUUUAAACUUAAAUAAAUUGUUACAA